GUACUAAGUAUUUCAAGUAUUUGUUCAGUUGGUUGUUCGUUGCUGUGAUCAGCUUUUGAGUUCCGAGUGAUUCAAUAUUGAAGACAUAAAUUCGUUACGAUGUGAUUAUGUAAAAGGAAGGAGUGUGUUUGUCUUUUUUUAGUAAAUUUACUUCUUAACACUAAAUUAUUAUCCCGCUUGGUUUUUCGUAAUUUAGCUUCGGUGUAAUACAAAACAAAUUGCAAAUUUAAAUGUUUGUAGCCUAUAGGUAUUAGUGAGUUAAUGUUUACCACAUUUGCUGCGUUUGAGUUAUUGUUCCAAUUUGAAAUUAAGUUAUUUGUAUUAUAAUUAGCUGUACAUAAAUACAAACAUGAAUACAAAUACGAUGACUUCAUAUGAAAGAAUGGUGCAGAAAAAUAUUGAAGAAAACAGGAGAGUUUUAAGGAAUUUGGGAUUUUCAUUGAGUGCAGAUGUACCUAAACUUAAAGAAAUAAAACCAAAACCACCAAGGAAGUCAUACACUCUGAAAUCAGAAGUGAAGCAGCCCGAGAUCCAGUACAGAUCAAGUGUACGCACUCGACGCUCCUCAGUGUUGAUUUCAAAUGGCUGUGAAGAAUCAAACGACAGUUCCUAUGCAGUUGACGAGGAAGAAAAUACUCCACCCAAAAAGAAGAGAAAAUACACCCUCGAGCCUUCCUUUGGCGAAAUAGAAGGUGUGAAUGUUGGCGACUGGUGGAUGACUCGGCUGGAGUGCUCAGCAGCUGGGGUCCACCGACCGACUGUGGCAGGUAUCCAUGGAAAAGUGGGUGAAGGUUGUUACUCUAUUGCACUUUCUGGUGGUUAUGAGGAUGACAUUGACUGUGGGGACUGCUUUACUUACACAGGUUCUGGAGGACGUGACCUCAAAGGAACAAAAUCAAAUCCUAAGAAUCUGCGGACAGCUCCACAAUCCAAGGACCAGGUGCUGGAAGGCAGUAAUGCAGCUUUAGCUUCAAACAUUGAAUCAAAGAGACCAGUCCGCGUAAUUCGUGGUUAUAAGUUACAGAGUCGGUAUGCUCCGGAAGAAGGCUACAGAUACGAUGGUUUGUAUUCUGUGGAAAAGCAUUGGACUGCUCAAGGACUCUCAGGUUUCCAGGUGAUCAAAUUUGCUUUGAAGAGGCUACCAGAUCAAGCCCCCGCCCCUUGGAAAUCCUCUCCAGAGAUAACGAGUCCAGAGAAAGAUUGUUCGUUGCAAAUCCCAAUGGAAGAAUCAACAAUUCCAGAGAUGCUGAACAUAUCUUUAACAAAUGGAUUUCCUGCUAAGGAAGGAUGUCAGACUCCUCCAAAAACUCAUCCCAGCUCACCUAGAAGUUCAGAAAAAGGAAAGCAAGGCACUCCAUCACCAAGGAGUACAAGGUUAAAAAAAGAAGUGUCGCAAAACAAUGUUAGUAUAGAAAAGAGCAUAAAUAUUUCUGAUAAUAAGAUAAAGUCAACUCAGAAAUGUGAAGAUUCACCUACAACUUCCAAUGGAGCUUCUUUGCCAGAAGAAGCCAGAAUUCCUAUUGAAGAAUCAGCUAUUUCCGAAGAGAGUUCAUCAGUAAAUAAUAUGGAUUCUUUAAGACCAAGUGAUUGUAAUGUUACAAACAUUCAUUACACAUCAAAAAUUUCAGACAAGGAACAAUCCUCCACUUUCAAUAUAUUUAAUUUAAAAUCAAUAAAAGAUAAACCACAAAAAGGAACGCAGAAAGAUAAUGACAGUUUUUGUACAAACAUUUCUCCUAGGUCAACUAACAAAAACGGAGUUAUAAAAAAUAAUCAAACAUGUACACCACAAAGUAAAGCCAAUAUAUGUUCUAAAACGUCACCUAACACGCUUUUCAAUGCUAAAACAAUUGAAAAUUGUCAACAGAGCUUAGGGAAACAACUUCGAAGCAAAUCUUCUCCUUGUUCUAAGUCUGGUAGCAGCAAGUCUCCAGGUGUACAUGAAUGUUCUCAAAAUAAUACUGUUGAUUUUCCCUCCUCCAAUAAUGUGACUCCAUUGAAGACUAAAACUGCAUGGUUGACUGAUGUAAAACUAAACCCUCAAGAAUCUUAUGAGAAAGGAAUAAAAUUAGGUGUUUCACCGGUGAACUCAUCUGAAAAAAAGGAAAAAUUCUCUCCUGAUGUACACAAUACAGAUGUACAAGAACCAAUUGUAGCAAUCAGUGAUCUCAAUUAUGAAAAUGGAAAUGUAAGUUAUGAUGAAGAUUUUGCUUCAAACAAUACAAGCGAUAUAAGAAAACAAACAUCAAUAUUGGAAUAUUUUGUUCCUGUGAAGCCAGUUGUUGAGAAUCAGUCACAAAAAAAUACUGUGAAUCCAAAAUCUUUGAGGGGUAACCGCUAUUCUUCAUAUUCAAUGAAUUUAUCUGUUGAUCAGUCGAAGAUAAAUGGUGACAGUACAUCAUCUGAAGACUCUUUGUAUAAAAGUAAUGAAUCCCUAAAGUCUAAUGUAUCAAGUGUAUCAAGAUCUUCAUCUCAAAAGAGAAAAUAUACAUCAUCAUAUAAUAUUGAAGCGAGUAAAAAUGAAAAUAGGCUUAACCCUAAAGUUUCUAAACUGAACAAGGAGAGUAAACCAACCAAAAUGUUAGAAACCUUAAUGAAAAUAAAUAAGAAACACAGAUUUCAAAACCAGACUGUAUCUCAAAAGUUUGUAAGUCCAACAUCGGUGAAGCCAUGUGCAGUAAAACUGUGGAAACUUGAGGAAAGUUUUCUGGGUUGGGAUUAUGAUAAUGUCGACAAAUUCCAUGGAUUUAGAGAAAUACAACAUAAUGCUGUCAAUGAAGAUGCUACUGAUUCUGAGAGGGGUUUUGCUGGUUGGGACUCUAGUAUAGCGCACAGUUCUAAGGGUUUGGUUACGGUAGGAUUUCUUAUUGAGACCUUGUCAAAUUCGGAAUCUUAAAGAAGCUUAUUUGCUUGAUAUGUUAGACAUUGCUUUGUAAAUAAAUGAAAUGUACAAACAGAUUUAGUAAAAAUCUGUAGCCUUAACUAGAAACAUAGUCUUUAGUUCUGUACAAAAGUAAAUAUUUUCUUAAUGAUAUCCAUAUUUCUUAUUGUAUUGUUUUUGCUUUUGUAAAGUAAUUAGACAUUUUAAUUUACCAAACUGUUAUGAAGAUGUGAAGUUCAUAUUUUCCAUUCAGUUAACAGUUAUUUAUUGCAUUAUUAUAUCAUAGUAAAUAUAACGGAAAAAAGUAUGAUUUCCA